AUGUCGAUUAGUUCGUUACAGGAAGGAGCCGAACGUCAUGCCCAUGAAAUUGGAGCCGCGACCAAGACCGCGGUGAACGACUGGUCUCAUCCUGGGCCCGCAGCGUUCGACUUUCGCAGCGACACAAUCACAACACCCACGGCACGUAUGCUCGAAGCCAUCUCCUUGACCAGCCUGCUAGAUGACGUCUAUCAAGAAGACCCGACAACCAACGACCUCGAAUCCUUCAUCGCCGACCUGACAAGAAAAGAAGCCGCCCUCCUCGUCCUCAGCGGCACGAUGGGCAACCAAGUAGCCAUCCGCACCCAUCUCCAAGGACCCCCGCACGGCAUCGUAACCGACCAGAACACGCACAUUAUGCAAUGGGAAGCAGGCGGUGUAGCCGUCCUCUGCGGCGCCCUAAUGCAGACCGUCCUGCCCACCAACGGCCGCUACGUCACGCUCGAAGACAUCCAGAAGGUCGCGGUCAUCGGCGACGACAUCCACUACUGCCCGACUAAACUCAUCAGUCUCGAAAACACCAUCAAUGGUGCCGUCGUGCCCCUCGCUGAAUGCCAGCGGAUCUACUCAUGGGCGCGCGAACACGGCAUCCCCGUGCAUCUCGACGGCGCGAGGCUCUGGGAGGCCGUGGCCGCGGGCGCAGGGAGUCUCAAGGAUUACUGCGCAUGCACAGAUAGCGUGUCGCUGUGUUUCAGCAAAGGUCUCGGAGCACCGAUCGGGAGUAUCCUUGUGGGCUCGAAGGAGUUCGUCAAGCGGGCGCGGUGGAUAAGGAAAUCGCUGGGAGGCGGAUUACGACAGGCGGGAGUGGUUACGUCGGCGGCGAAAGUUGCGGUGGAGGACCAGUUUCUGAGCGGGAAGUUAGUCGCCGUGCAUGAGCGGGCACGACAAGCGGAGGCGUUGUGGAAGAAGUAUGGAGGGCAGACGGCGAAGCCCGUCGAGACGAAUAUGAUCUGGCUGGAUCUGGCGCAUGCGGAAAUUUCGGCUGAGAAGUUCAUUGAGGAGGGCCAAAAGGCGGGAUUGAGGUUGAGUGGUGGGAGAUUGGUUAUGCAUCAUCAGAUCGGCGACGAGGCGAUGCUGCGCCUGGAGACGUUGAUCAAAGCGGUGCUGAAGAAUGAAACGAUGCAGGGUACAGUCGACCACCCGCCGGAGAAGCUAGCAAUUACCACAGAGUGA